UCGGCGGGAAUGAAGGAGUCUAUAGGAGGAGAGAAAAAAUAUUCCGGCGCGGACGGAUAUAGACGGGCUAUUUAUAGCCGAGACGUUUGGAAUCCUCCAUACCCCCCAACACACACACACACACACCUUACAGUUUUGCUAGACCUUGGUCUGACCCAAACUGCCUGCUUCCCAGUCUUCUCUUUGCCGUGUUCCAGUCGAGUCGAUCAGGCGAUCCUGCUCAACUCUACAUCCUAUAGACAAUGCUGUGAGUUCAUCCAUCCAUCUCCCCCCAAUCCAGCAGCAGAUUCAAUCUACUAAAAAGUGGGAAAAACCAAAAAAUGAAUUCAUCAGAGGCAGAAGAAGCGUGGCAACAGGAAAAAGAGUUUCUGGAUUACAUGUUCGUUUCACUCCGUCACGGAGACGAAAAUGGAGCCGCCGCCACCAGUGAAUCCGCUCGGAUACGUCGAACUGGGCAGCAACAGCAGCAGCAACAGCCCAGUAGCAUUUCGUACACAACCAACAGCACUAGCACUGCUAAUAGCACUGCUGCUAAUAAUACAGACGUUAUUAGCUCGACAAAGUCCUUGACGUCUGUCAAAACUACAGACACUCCGGCCGGGCUGGAUCAUUUGGACAACCUGUGCAAGUUGAUGGAGCAGCUGGGCGAGCUGCGCGACGCCAACAGUCGACUGCAGAAGCGCGUCCACUACCUGGAGGAUAUGAAAACGCUCCAGGAAAUGCACCAGGAGCUGGAUCUCUUUGUCGGAAGCGAUUCCGCCGCUUCCGCUUCCAACAUGUCGACCAAGGCGGAUGCCGGAGCAGAUCGCUCGCUGGACAGCCUCGACAGCGGUGAAAUCUUGCCCAUCAUCAGUCAGCACCAGGCGGAAUUGAUCCCGGUCGAACCGGCCAACAAGAGCGCCGGAAUCAUGGACAACAACAGCAACGGAAGUGUUGAGCAUUCUUCUUCCGGUGGCGGAGGAGGUGGUGGAGGACACCGUCAGUCGAGAGCGGGCAAGAAGAUCAAGAGCCACCACCACAUGAAAUUCAAGAAGCCGGGCGGCACGUUGUUAAAGUACCGCGAGCGGAGUAAAUCGGUCGGAUUCGACGAGAACGUGGCCCCGCCCCCCAUCGCCGCCGGAGGAGAAGAGAACGAAGUCGAUUAUGACGUCAACAAUGCGUCGGCCACGACGACGCCGUCGCCCGACAGCUACAAACUACCCGAAACAGCUCCUGGAAACAGGAGCCGGCCCAAGACUAAAGUCUCCAAAUGGACCAGAGUCAAGGAGGCUUUCCGCUGGGAGAAGGCCCAUGUCGACCAGCAGCAUCAGGCGACGUCAUCCGGUGGCAGUCCGUCGGCCGGCAAAGUGACCAGCAGCAGCACUUCAAAGCUUCCGGACAAGGAGGAAGUGGGUGCCCUGGACAGCAGCAGCCACAACAACCGACAUCAAGUCAGUCCUUAUCAGCACUCGCUGGCCUCGGAGAGUUCCAGUCACGCCAUGGCCCGGUCACCUAGUCCCAUCUUCCGGCUGGGACGCCGGAGGAGGUCGACCACGUCACGAACGUCCACCUCCUCUUCCUCCCUGUCAGAGUGUCCCCUGGAGUCGGAAAUCCUGAAAUCCUUUGCCGACGCCCAGGAACUACCCCUUUUCCACCUGGAGAAGAGAGCAUCCAGCCCGGAGGUGAAUAAACUGUUGGCCGAAGGCAGUGAGGAGGAAUCGGGCGGAGGAUCGGACGUCCAUCAGCGCGGCGGCUACGUCUUAUCUCUUCCGCAAAUGAAACGGUUGCACCGGCAGAGCACCGUCAGUUGCGACGGCAAUUUCGCCACAGGAUUGACGCCAAGUGGCGCCGGUGGCAACGGCGGCCACAUGCCAGAGCGUAUUCCGGAAUCACAAAUUCUUUGCAGCUCGGAAAUGCCUCCGCCGCCGCCGGAUCCGAUUAGGAUGAAAGGGCCCGAGUCUCCCAACAGGCGAAAGACGAGCAGCAAAAAUGGCAGCCACAACUUGAUGGAACAUCAGGAGCUGGUCCAGCAGCAUCCAGCGACGAUCCAGCAGCAUCCGGCGGAGAACAAUCCGGACGAGAGCGUCGGAUCGUUCAUCUCUAGUUUGCGGAGUCAGCUGAAGCCCAUCAACGAGUGGACGUCCAAAUGGCAUUGCGACCUCAUGAAGGCCAACAACAGCCCGUCGGCGUUGGCCAGCAGCAGCACCUCGCCCGGCGGAGGGGGAGCCGUCAGUCAUGUCGAAACGAGUUCCAGGAAUUCCCUGUCCGUUCCAUCCACACCGAACCAGCAUCAAACAUUCACAUUUGACGAAUUUCCCGACGGAGGACUCUGCGACCUUGGAACGGCCAGCCGGGAAAACAGUCCCGGUGGCAAGAAGAAUCACGACAUUGAGGCGUCCAUCAAGAACCAUCCGGGAUUGUUGCUCAACAGCAUCUCGCCGGAAUUCCGGAAAAAGGUCGAAGUCUGGGAGAGACUCAAAUCGGGUUUGUCCGUGGCUCCGGCCUUCGAUUCCGGCGCUCUGGCUUUAGCCACUCCGCCCACUCCGACGACUCCGCAACAGCACGGGAGCAGCAAGAAAUCGGCGGCCGACAGUCCGGAUUGGAACGACAUUGGCAAGCGGAGGAGCGAGCCGGAUAAAUUGCCUCCGGCAUUCAAAAAGAAAUUGGCCGAAUGGGAAAUCCGGAAGGCGGUGGCCGGCAAAUCCGACCAGAACGUCGAGGAGCUGCACAAAAUUCUUCCGCACGAUUUCAACCGGAAGCUGCAAGAGUGGGAGCGGAUGAAGCAGCAACAAGCGGCCGCCGGGAAACUGUCGGCGGGAACCAAUCAACCGGGACUGGAACGCCAAGGAUCCGGCAAACAGCACCACCACAGCCGGGGUGGCAAACACGUCAAGACGGGCCAGAAGACGGACGAAGUCCAACAACACCGAGGCGAGAAGCAGAAGGAGAAGGAACUGCAGUGGCUGGAAAAGGAACUGCAGAAGAUUGAGCGUGAAAAAUUGCGACUGGAACGUGAGCGUGAGAAAUACAUCGAACGAGAAUCCCGGCUGGAAAAGAUCCGGGAAGCCAUGAAACAGCCCGGACACGGUCCCCAGCGAGAAAUUUGCAUCCGGACGUCGACGGGUGAAUUCCGGUUCCAGGGACUGUCUCGGAAAUUCACCAAGAAACUUUUCCAGUGGGAGGAGCAGAAAGGCAUCCGCCCGGAAGCGAGUACCAUCGCUUUAUUAGACGGGGCCUUCAGUCCUGGCCAUCACCAUCAUUUGCAUCACCACCAUCCGGCGGUGGGUGAAUUCAGUUCCAGCAUUUCGGCCCGGCCGAGCAAUUUGUCGGCCAUUUCACGAUCGAAAUCCGAGAGCAGCAUAGCGGACCUUGUUAGCGCCAGUGUACACAGUCAGCCAUCCAGCUUGUCUCUCAACGACGCCGAAACAACGGCCGACUUUGACCGUCGAUUGGCCUCCGAUCAAGAAGAAGGUGCCCAGUCGACACCUGGACCAGGCGCCCUCCUAGUCGAGGUGGAGGACGUUACGGAGGAUUGCGCAGCUGUUGUUGAUAUACCGGAAGUCGAACCUCAAGCCCCUAUCUAUAGCAUCGCUCCAGCAGAGCUCCGCCAAACAAUACAUCGGAGCGAACAAGAAGAGCAACCAAGGUUCCAGGUAGGGAUAACCGGUCCGGCAAGAGUUGAGCGUAACGAUUCCGUCAGAACCGAAGCCAGUUUCAAGUUACUGGAAGAAAAUCUGUCACUUCUCGACCGACUGCGAGCUAAAGGUGAAAUUGUCAAAUACCUGGAAUUGCAGAUGACCUCAAUCGACGGGGAUAUGGCGGGUGUAGCCAACACUCAAACGGAGGAAAUGGUUAGAUUGAAAGAGGAAGAAACUUGUCUUUCCGACCAAGAAGAUAAUAAUUCUACUGCGGGAAACUCGUCCACUAUUGAUCGCUUGAAAAGGCGCAUCGUUUUGCUUGAAAGUCGCGGCCAACAACUCAAAUCCGAGAAAGAACAUCUCCAAACGGUUUACCAACGCCAAUGCAGCCAACAAGUUCACUUGGUCCAGCACUUGGUGGAUAAAAUGCAACAACUGCGCGGGAUUGGCACCAGUUCCGGAGAUACACCACCACCAUUCGAUCCGGAAGCCCUCCAACGACUAGACACGCUCACCACCGAAAUCCUCCAAGAAGCCCAGACUUUGGAAAUUUCCAUGAGGCAUCCUCAAAGGCUUCCGGCGGCGACUGGAAACCAAGGAGAACUCGUCAGGCAGCCGUCUUCCGCCGUCCGAUUUCCUGAACAGCUGAGCAUCAAAGCCAAUCAACUCAAAGAAGAAUACGAGCGUCUGCGAUCCUUUGAUUCCGAUUUGGAGACUAAUUCAGACGACGAGCCGGAAUUGACCCCAACUCCACGGGUUAUUUUACCCCAGCUACCUCCAGUGCCGUCGGAAAUGAGCAGCGCGGCCCGGAAGAAAGUCUUUGUCGAGACCCACCGUUUAGUUUUCGCUCCGUUGGAAUCCAGCGACGACAAAGCCUCGACGACUCUCUACCAGCCGGUGCUGGCGGAAGAGGGAGCCGAGGACGGCGUUCCGUGGCGUCGGACGGCUCGUGACCAACCGGCCGAUUCCUGGAGGAGAAAUUCGUCGACAUCGACUCCGACCGAAGAGAACCCGCCGGAUCAAUCCCGCCCGACGGCUGUGACCACUGUACGCAAUACCGCCCCCAAUAUCCGGCGGAUGAUCGACAAGUAUCACCAAAGAGUGACAGCUUCCGGCAAGGAACGUUCCGCUCCGACUUUCCAAUUCCGACCAAGAUGUGAUUUAAUGACGGACGAGCGUUCCAGCUCGUCAACUCCUCCGCCGACGAUUGUCAUCGAACAUCGAGGCCAGUCAUCGCCACUGGCGGCAGCAGCCGAUAGUCCGUUACCUUUCGAGCACGGCGGUCAUCUUCAUCCCAACUGUUUGGUCCAAUUGAGUAAAUCGCUGAGCGCAGGAGCCAUGGGUCCAGCAACUACUGAAACUCAGAGGGCGGGAUCUUCAUCCGCCAGCUCCGCAACUGGCUGGAAAGGCAGCGGAGUGUUACGCUCUCAAAGCGGACUCCAAUUGCCGACCGGCCAGGUGACGCCGUGCACCCGGAAUCCUAGUUUCUUCCGGAAAUCCCCACUCGAUCCGUCCAUUGACGACCUCCUGCAAAAGUAUCGAGGUAGAAGACAGGUGGGCAGUGUUCCGGCCGAUUUGCCAAAGAGUCCCACAACCAAUCCGGAGCGGAUGCUCAAAUUGAAGCAAGCUCGCGAAGCCUUCCUAACAGUUGGUCCGGGUGCCAUCCAGUCAGUCGAGUCCUUGUGCCCAUCGGAAGAGCGCGCCCAGCCGUUGGUCGAAGAGGAAUCUCAGUCCAGUCCCCAAGGUCCAGCCCUUAUUGUUCAAGGUAUUGAAGCCAAGUCAGUUGUCCAGAAGUUGUGCAGACAAAGUUUGUUUGUAGAUGUUACCUUCGAGGCCCAACAGCCACAAGCAGCAGGAGACGCCGGAAGCUGCAGAUCACAAGAAGGGAGCGUGGUGAUGGCUGGGGCCUGGUCUGCCGGAACUGGGGGCAGCGUUCCUUCUUCGCCCGCCACUUCUAGGCGGUCUAGUACUAACGAGAAUUUACGCAGCCGAACAAGUCCACAGCAACAUCCAGCAGUAAGCCGGCGAAGUUGGCUGAAACAGCCAUCAAAGUUCUUCUUCCCAAAAGCCCCCAAAACCCCAUAA